AUGAGGCAGAUGCGGCGUCGGCCUUCCUCAUUAUUGAAAAUCGUGAUUGCGGCAUGGCAGCUGGCACCGGCAACAGUCGGUGUGUUCGGGGCGGACUCCUCUACGACGAUCAGUGACCAGGUCUGCCACUUUGCCCUGGAGACAGACGGCUUGGACUACGACAAAUUGAUGGCGGACACGGCAAUGCUAUCCGCUGUUCGCACCAACAUCGCCAAGGCCGUUGCAGCCGAGGUCGGCAAGGGCGUCGCCGUCGACGACGUCGAGACGGCACUCUCCAAGGGUACCUCUGUAGACGGAAGCGGCGUUGGUUCCGUCCUUGCUGAGACGGGCCGCUGGAUAUCUCCACCUGGUGGAAUACGACCUGAGGACAUUCGCGACACCCUGACCAACAGCUCGAUGCUUGGCGACCGCGUUGCCUCUGGAAUAGAAUCUGUGAGCCAGGGCAGCAUCGGCACGAAGGCGGCAGGCGGAAGCACGGUCAAAGUAAGGCCCUUCACCGUGCCCUUCCUGAGAGACCGGGAUCCAGGUCUGAAUUUUGUGAUGGCCGCAUCGCUGGCAGCUGGCAUAUUGGCCGUGCUCUCCGCGCUGCUGGUCUACAAGUGUACGGGCAGCCACACUUUUUCGACGGCUCGCACGAGAUUCUUCGGCACCACCGAGGAGGAAGACAGUCGGGCCCGCCGGGCCAACGUGCUCUUCUGCUGCGCGACAAAGAAGGAGCACAACCAUGCCAAUACUUCUGGCUGGUCCAGAAGGUCCCGUGCUUGGUGA